GAGCAAGGGAUGCCAGGAGCUUCCCGGUCCGCCUCGGGCGCUCGCUCCGAGCCUCAGACCGGGGCUGCCUGAGUGGCCGGCGCCACAGCUGACCUCGCGCUCCUCCGGCCCGCCGCUGCGCUGAAGACACUGGAGGAGGAAGAGGAGGAAGAGGAGGAGGAGGAGGAGGAGGAGGAGGCAGAAGAGGAGAGGCGGGGGGCGCAGCAGCCUGAGGAGCCGGGGAGUUCGCAUGGCCGCUCCCAGUUGGCGGUGUCCGUGGUGCUGAUCGAGCUGCCGGGGCGAGCCCGCUUCGGGCGGCCGGGAGCGGUCGCGGUCCCGGGAGGGAUCGCCCUCCCCAGCGCUACCGAGCCGGAACCGGGGCCGGGAGGAGGAGCGGGAGGCGGCGGCGGCUGCCACCGUGGGCGAUGUGGCCGGCCGGGGCGGGCAGCAAGCUGCCCUGUGCCCGAGACUCGGCUCUCCGCAGGGCGGCUUUCUCCGGGAACCUCACGGCUCUGCCUUCCCACCUAGUGCCGGCAGGCAGGAGCGUCCGGGUUUUCAUCAGCGCCAAUCCUGAAGAUACUGGAGCAGAACGACAAGCUCUAAGAGAAAAUGUGUAUCCUAAACUGAGGGAAUUCUGCAGAGAAAACUAUGGAUUAGAAUUUCAGGUCAUAGAUUUAUACUGGGGCCUAGAUGAAGAUGAAUGGGACAGUCCGGAACUCCAAAAGACUCGUAUGAAGCUUUUAGAAGAUUGCUUGAAAACAUCUGCAGGUCCAUGUUUUGUUGGACUGUUGGGUGAAAAGUAUGGAAACAUCCGAAUCCCUGGGGAAGUUGAAGCAUCCGAAUUUGAGAUGAUUUUGGAUGCUGCCAUAGAAGCAAAGUUGGAAACCAAAGUGCUUGAGGAAUGGUAUUGCCGAGAUGAGAACUCUGUCCCAGCAGCAUAUUACCUCAGACCCAAACAUGAAAUGCUGAAGAGCAAUAAGAACUCAAUGCAGCCUUCUGCCAAUGCUGAAAGUGAAAAAAAAUGGCAAGAGAUAUCAGAGGAGAUAAAGAUGAUUUUUAAGACAGCUGUGAAAUUGUUACAUGAAAAGGGGAAAAUGAAACACAGCCAAGCCAAGAGAUAUCUCUUUUCAGCCAUUGAAGAUGAGUUUGACUUUGCUUUGGGAAAACAAACACCAGCAUUCCUAAAGAAAUGUGUUUGCUACAUUAGAAAAAUUGCAAACAUUGAGCGUUUUGUGAAAAUUCCAGCAAUGGGUAAAUACAUGGACAUAACUGGGACAGAACCAAGGAUUAUCCGAGACCCAGAAGCCCACGAGAAACUGAUAAAACUCAGGGAUGAAUUUAUUCCUACCAUUGUUGCAUCAUCUAAUCUGAGAGUCUACACUUCCAUUACACAUUGUGACAUGAAACUAGGUUAUUCCCAAGAAGUAGAGAACCAUUACAUAGAAGGACUUGGUAAACAGUUUUAUGAGGACAUGAUUGACAUCAUUCAGGCAACCGUACAGCAGAAUUUUGACACAGAAACCGAUACACUGUAUGACGAAAUUCUUCAGCACUCAUCACUAUGUAAAACAUAUGCCUCCUUCUACGAGUACAAAUGUGAAUCUCUAAAUAUAGUGCAUAAAUACCUUCUUCCCAGCAAAGCAGGGCACAUUAACCCUCUCAUCACCUAUGGAGGACCUUGCACUGGAAAAACUCUUCUGUUAGCUGAAGUAGCCAAGAAGGCUUACGGUUGGCUACAUGAAGAAAUGGGCCCCGAAUCUGACCCAGUGGUAAUUGUAAGAUUUCUGGGAACCACAGACAUGAGCACCGAUCUUAAGAAUCUACUUCUAAGCAUCUGUGAACAACUGGCAAUUAAUUACCGGUGUCUGAUGCAAAGCUAUCCCAAGAAGAUCCACGAUCUUCGGGACUUGUUUAUAAACCUUCUGAACGAGUCUUCCUUUCAGAGGCCCUUGGUCAUAAUAUUCGAUGCUCUAGAACAGCUCUCUGAAAUGGAUGACGCCAGAAAACUUUGGUGGCUCCCCGUUCACCUCCCCCGUUUUGUACGGAUAGUACUCUCCACGCUGCCCAACAAACACGGGAUCCUGCAGAAACUGAGGUGCCUUAUCCACGAGGAAGACAACUACAUCGAGCUGGUGCCCAGGGACAGAAAGAUGUGCAGUCAGGUGCUCAAACACCAGCUGCUGCGCGUCAAAAGGAAGGUGACGUCGGGGCAGCAGAUCUACGUCAACGAAGCCUUCUCCAAGUGCACGCUGCCCAUGUUUGUGAACUUAACCUUCAGGGAGGUGAGGACCUGGCGGUCCCACAAAGAUGUGGAUGAAUCCUCGCUCUGCGUCACGGUCCACGACAGCAUAGAGCAGCUCUUUUGGGCCCUGGAGAGGAAAUGCGGGCAGAAACUAGUGUCGCGUGCUCUGGGGUACAUCACCAUGGCCAAGAUGGGCUUGAGCGAGAUGGAACUGGAAGACGUUCUAGCACUGGACAACAGCGUCAUGAACGAGCUCAAUGAGAACGUGCGACCAAGUAACCCCCUGCGGGUGCCUUACGUGUACGUGGCGAGGCUCAAGGAGGGCCUGAGCGGGUACCUGAUAGAACGGCACGUGAAAAACGUCACCCUUUUGGUGUGGGCCAACAGGCACCUCCAGCUCAUCGCCCAGAAGCUUUACCUCCAAAAUGACGGCGACUUGCGAGAAAUGCACACGAUCCUGGCCGAUUACUUCCUGGGGGUCUGGUCCGGGGGCCGGAGGAAAGCUUUCUGUCUGGAGGACCCGUAUUUGAACGGCUGCCUGGACCUAGAAAGCAGAAGUCUGCUGGACGAAGAGAAGCACUUCCUGGAGCAGGCAUCCUUCGACAGGCAGGCUCCGGAUCAGCCGUGGGUGUUUCAGUGCAAUCCGCUGGAGCCCGACAUCUUUUUUGUGAAUCACCGCAAGAUGUCGGAGCUCUUGCACCACUUGACGAGAUGCGGGAAAACGGACGACCUGCUCUACGGAGUCAUCAUGAACUUCAGCUGGCUGUACACCAUGGUGAAGAUCGGCCAGUUCGACAAGGCCCUGGCAGACAUCGAGGUGGCUUACAACUACUCCCAGGAGAAGGAACUGAAGUUUCUAGCCAGCAUCCUCCGGGGCAUCAAGAGCAAGAUCGUCACGUUCCCGGGCUCCCUGUCGGCCGAGCUCCAGCAGCGGCUGCUCCCGGUGGUCAGCUCGUUACCCAAGCUGAGGCACCUCCUUCUGGAGUGCGACAAGGACGGGCCAAAAUACUGCUCCAUUGUGCCCCUGCACUCCUCCAUGGAUGUGACUUACAGCCCGGAAAGGCUGCCCUUGUCGUCCAGCCACCUCCACGUCACCGAGAUCCUGCCCACGUGUAACCCCAGCACCGUGCUCACGGCUCUGGAAAACGGCUCCAUUAGCACGUGGGAUGUGGAAAGUCGGCAGCUCCUCAGGCAGAUCACCACCGCCCAGUCCGUCAUUCUGGGCAUGAAGCUCACCACCGACGAAAAGUACCUCGUGGUGGCCACCACCAACAACACCUUGCUGAUUUACGACAACAUCAACUCCUGCCUGCUGUCCGAAGUGGAAAUCAAGGGAGUCAAACACGGCAGCGGCUCGAAUUUCAUCAACGGGUUCACCCUGUCCAUCACCCACGCCCUGGCCUGGUUGGAGGCCAGCAAAGACGUCACCGUCAUCGACCUGCUCUACGGGUGGCCCCUUUACCAGUUCCACUGCUGGUACGAAGUCACCUGCGUACAGUGCUCCCUGGACGGCCUGUACGCUUUCUGCGGCCAGUCCCUCAACACCACCACCAUCUUUCACUUGGGCAGCGGAGAGAAGCUCUCCACCGUGACGUCCGAAUUCUCGGGUGGCUUUGUCAAGUUUCUGCUUAUCUUAGACACGGCGCAGGAGAUGGUCAUGGUGGACAGUGAGGGUAGCCUUUCGGUGUGGAAUACCGAGGAGAUCACCAAUCCCCAGCUGACUGAUGACUUCGACUGCCGAAGGGAAGACAGCGAGGUGGUCAGCAUUGAGCUUUCCGAGGACCAGAGCGCCAUUCUUAUCUGCAAAGCCCUCGGCAUCGAGCUCCUGGACACCACCCUGUGGAAGGUGACUGAGAAGUUCAGGGCCAAACACAACGAGCGCUUUGUCUCGGCGGUGCUGUCCAAAAACGGGGACUGCAUCAUCGCCACCAUGGAAAAUACCUCGGCUGUGUUCUUCUGGAGGAGGGACACCGGCCAGUGCAUGGCAAGCUUGCAGGAGAUCUCGGGAACCAUCGUCAAGCUGGUCAAGUCCAGUCACCACAACAUGCUGCUGUCUCUAUCGACCAGCGGAGUCCUUUCCAUCUGGGACAUCGACAUCAUCACGGCCAUGUCCAACAUAGACAAGACCGGGAAACCCAUCCAAAGACUGGUGUUACCCGCCAGGGGUGAGAUCAUUUAUUCCCUGGACGGCUCCGAAUCGGUCCACAAGUGGAACUUUAGCAACGGCUUCAUUGAGGCAGAAUUCAAGCACGAAGGCAUCGUGGAGCACUGCGUGCUCACGUCCUCUGGGGACGUGAUGGUGACGUCCGACGACAAAUGCAGCCAGUACGUGUGGCACACCAACAGCGGCGAAAACCUCUUUCGGAUCAAUGGGCAGAGGAUCUCGCAGCUGCUGAUUACGCACAACGACCAGUUCGUGGUUUCGCUCUGUGAGGAGAACGCCUCCCGGGUGUGGCGCCUGGCCACGGGCCACAGGGUCUGCAACAUCCUCACCCCCUUGCAGAACGCUUUCAUAACCUCCGCCAACACCUUUGUGGUCGGGAUCACCAAAAACAAAGUCCUGGCGGUCAGCCUGUGGACAGGGAGCAUCACCAAGAAGUUCUGCUGCGAGGACGGGACCAUGAUCGUCAACUUCAAGCUGAUCCCCGACUGCCCCGACAUCAUCGUCUUCAUUACGUCCACGGAAACGGUGAACCUCUGGAGCCUGACGGACGAGGUCAUCUGCCGCCGCGUGCAGCUUCCCAACAAUUUCCUCAAAAACCUGGAGGACUUCGAGAUCUCGCCCAAUGGGAAACUAGGCAUCCUCUCCCGGGGAGACGAGAACAUUAAUGUGCUUGAUCUGUACAGCGGGAAGCUCCGAGUGGUCCACGCGGCUGGAAUCAUCUGGCGGCAGAGGCUGUCUCGAGACGGCCGCUACCUGGUCUACAUUUGUUUCCAGAACGGGGAAGAGGAAGACGACAAUGGUGCGGUCUCCAGCUUAAUCGUCAUGAGACUUGCGGAUGGCAAAAAUAUCGGGGCUUGCUCCCUGUACAAGACCCCGACGUAUCUCGCCCUGUCGCAGAGGCACCUGAACAUCAUCGUGGGUUUUGACGACGGAAGCAUAGGGAUUUAUACCGUCGUGGACCGGGUCGACGCCGCCUUGAAAAUCAAAAUCGCCACUUCCAACAGCCGGCAGAUCUUCAACAGUGCCACACAAGCAUCCAGGCCCAAAUCUAAUAGCUUCUGCUUUAAGGCGACCGCCGACUGCAUCUGGAGAGAAUCCACAGAGGUGUUCGCCAGGGACAGCCCCAUCACGGUCACCGAUCCCACGGAAGCAGCUGAAGCUACGCCCACCAAAAAACACAACCUCUACGAGCGUGGAUGCUCGGGCCUGGAGAGCAGAGGUCACAGUUUUACUGCUGACAACUAAUGACACCUUUAAACAGGUUUACUGCAGUUCGGGACGCACAGUAACUAAAGCCUGUCUUCUCUAGGAGAGGGAGAAGUGGUGCAUUUCUAGGGCAAAAUGGAACCCCAGCGACUGCUCAUGGUUUAUGUAUAAAAACUACAGAGAUGGAAACAUGUUUGGGCUAUAGUUGAGAUUAACGCAUAAAAAUCCUCUUCCAAUGGCUCCUCAUUAUAAGGAAGUGAGCCUGUACUCUCAAAGGCAGAAUCCAAGUCUGACAGGGCAAAAGGCCUUUGAGAACGGAUCCUGCAGUAGAUCGCAUAGUUUGCCCAAACACUACCCUAAGUUCAGACAAAACCAUCUUGGAAGAUUUAAUUACCACUUGAUUUUUUUUUUCCGGUCACAGCAACGCUUUAAAUUACAGACUAAAGUAUGGAAAGAGUGUGAUCCACUGUCAUGAUGAGGACAUCCAUACAGAUAGAAUCAUAGCUCCUUGGAAGAAGGAAGUGAAUUCAAGUAGGAAAUCUUAACUGGGCAUUUCUAGCAAUACUUUUUUCAUUGCUGCUCUAUCUAGAAGUUAGAAAAUAGUGAUUCUAACUCAGUAUCUGCCAGAAAUAUAACCUCUUCAGUUUAUUCAGAUACCAUACGCAGGACACACACACACACACAGCAGUUUGACCAAAAUCAUGUCGUGCUUUUUUUUUUCCUUUUAAGUUCAAUUCAAACAACCAUUACUUUGUCUUCAAGAUGCCAACUAAUUCUUGUUUGGCAACAUUUGGUUGUUAAUAUUAUCUAAAUACAGCCUUAACCUCAUUCUACCUUUUACCAUCCAGAUUGCAAAGACUUGUAUCUGGGGAUAAAAGAAAGAAAGUGAAAAGGGCAAAAGGAAUUUAACAAUCCCAACCAUAUGAAAGUCUCCAGGGACUCUGUCCCAACAUAAAGGAAAAGUUUCUUUAAAAGAUGGGAAGAUAUGAAUUAUGAGCUGGAUAGGAUAAGAGUCACUCGGCAGCUAAAAGGGCAACAGAGAUGCAGAAAAUCAUUCUUGCAAAAGUUGCAUGCAAAGGACGAAACCAUUCUUAAAAAUCUAUUUCCCGAGUUACAAAAGAAUAUGUCUAAUACUCAAAAUUCAUUUUUUAAUGUCUCCUUCAAAGUGCAUAUGUUGCUAGAUGUAACAAAUACUCACAUAAGGGCAUUAAAAUGCAGUUAAACUGUUCAACUCGAUUAUUGUAUUCCAAGGUUACUUUUCACUCUCUUCUAGGAAAGUAUGAAUUAUCUCCUAAAUCCCUAUACUGAAUUUCAACAGAAAGAAAGCUUUCCUGAUAUGCCAUGUACGAUCUACUGAUAACAUUUGCCUUACUAUCAUUCCUCUUCUGUCCUGUGUUGACCGCGGAGAUGACCAAAUACUCUGGGACUAACAGAAUAUGCCUGUAUUUGUGCUAAAAUAUUCCAUAAAAUCUUAAGGCUGUCCAAAGGUUCUUUACUGUUCCUGUUUGUAAUAAAUUUCUUACUUCUAUAUAUGUAUGUAGGCUUAUUAUCUGUUUUACUUCCUGCUUUUGGACUGUUCUGAGCCUUUUAUAUAGUGUGAUCAGUUUCAAGGCAGGAGCUGUGAAAUAUUAAAUAUUUUUUAACUAUUCCAUCCGAUUCAAGGAAAGUGGUUACAUCCUAAAAACUAAAAGUGAUUCUGGUUUUCCCCUGCUACAUCGUACACAUGGUUUGUCCUUGGCUAAUUUUUAACCAGUUUUUUAAAAGAGGAAACAGAUCCUCUAGCAAGUGGAGUACUGAACAGGUAGGAGUUUUAGUUUCUCGUUCUGCCGCUGACUUGCUUUGGGUCCGUGAGCCAAUCAUCUAACCUCCCUGUUUCUCACUUUCUCAAACAUAAAAUGAGGUUAGUGGUAGUUUGCCCUAUAUCCCCUAUCGGAAUAUUGUAAGAUUGUGUGAUGUGAAAUAUAGUCAACUCUGGAUUAUUGGUACUAAUGGAGAAAAAUUGAACGGCAUAUCACUCAUGCUUUUUUUUUUAUAUAUUUGGCCUUGAAAUGUAGUCUGAGACACUAACCCCCCCCCACCCCCCCCAGAUAUGACUCAGAUACAAAUUAUUCUCCUCCUCCAAGCCAAGACUGGAUCUUCAGUGUGGUCCUUUUGGCCUGAGCCCAAGUCAGGAAAUAUAGCCAAGAGGCAGAUCCAGUCCUUGUGUACAUAGAUAUAUAAUCUAGAGUUGAUUGUAUGUGAAAAUGCUCAUCAGACAGAGCAAGGUCAUUCAAGGUACUGCUAUUAAUCGUCUGAGUUGGACCUCUGUGCCACUAAAUUUCUACAAGUUAAACACCACGAUGAAUUACAUGUAGUGUAUGAAUGUUCUAUGUAAACGCCAAUCUAGUCUUGAGUGAUCUGAAUGAUUUUCCUAACUUGUUUGCAACUCCUAGAUCAUACUGAAUGUUUUUAUGUAAACUUUGUAUUGUUGGGGGAAAUGACCCAACCAGAGAUUUAUAUUUUCUUAAAUGUUACAUUUAGUUACAUUUUGUUACAGAGUUGGUAAACUAGAAUAUUAUGGCAGUCUUCAAACAAUAUACAGUCUUGUGUAUGCAUUGUUUGUAUGAAUAAAAGAUAAACUAAUUUGCUUUGGAGUUUUUUGGAGUAUUUUCCAAGUUUUGAUGAUGCAGCUGAAGAUUGUGCCAUUAAUCAGCUGUGUGACCUAGGCAAGUGAUCCCAUAUCUCUGCAUCUUCACGUCCUCAUCUAUUAAAUAAAGGGAUUAUAAUAGAAGGGAAGAGAAGCUCCUUCUGUUCUGAUGUUCUAUGGCUUUGUGAUCUUUGAGGUUAAAAGAAGAGGGAUUUUGGAAGGAAGGAAGGAAGAAAGAAACAAAGAAAAGAGAGAGAGAAACAAAAGAGAGGAGAGAUGGAAGAAAAGUAGCAACAUGUAAUGGCACAUGCCUGUAAUUCCUGCCACUAAGGAGGCUGAAGCUGGUUGGUACCUUGAGUUCUGAGGUGUAUUUUGAAUUAAAAUCAAACUGAUGUCC